CUUAUUAGUAUAUUUGAAGUAAACGCGAUUGGUAAUCGUUUAAAUAUCGAUCUGCUAACAUCUUAGUGAGUGAGUGAGUGACACAUUUGCAUAUUCAGAGCCCUCACAAUAACUCGUUUCUACGCCUCGCGUAUCCACGAGUUAAAAAGGUCUACAGUUAAUGAUAUUAUUUGCGUUGGGCUACCUGUCUUGGUCACCUGUAGCAUAAUUAGCAUACUAAACAAGCGUAAUAGCUGGUACUUUUGCUCAGCGCGCUUCAAAAAAAUAUUUGCUGCUCACAUCAGCAAAGCACUUUACCUUGCGGUUUAAAACUUUUUCUCGUCACAAAUAUAAACACAAUGAUUAUACCAUUGUUGAACCUGGACGUGGCGUGGCUUGUCCAGAUAUUCGUGUUCCUGGCUUAUCUUGGAAUGACAUACCUACUACUCAUGGAAUAUCUUUACGAAGAUCCGUUUGGACAAGCUAAAGGGAAAGACUCCAGCGUCAAAACGAAGGAACCGAAAGGAAACGAAAAGGAGAAAAAUAUUGGGAAAACGGCUGUUGAGGAGACUAAGAAAGCCACUAAUAUUCAAAAAAAUUGAAAGGCAAGAAAUAGAGCUUAGUAGUGGAUAUUAAUCAAUGGCCUACUAAAUAUAAAAGAAAGAAAACAGAUAAAAAACAACAGCAAUGAACAACAACUUCAACAACAGGAGUUUGGCAUAUUUAUAUAUCGUGAUUGCGACCUCUAUUGAGCGGACACUAUUUUGGGUACCGCGAGUAGUAGAGCCGCAGUGCUGGCUACCUGAGCUGCAAUACUAGAGACCUUUAGAUCCGACGACGAGUAAGAGGACGAGUACGAGUACGAGUGUUUAACUUUUAAAAAGAGGCACUAUCUUUUUGUAGUCGUGAUAGUGUACGUGAUUGAAACUUUAGAUUGUAAAAAAUCUGAAAUCGACUACGAUUCACAGGACCAAUUUUAAAACUCGUACUCGUACUCGAUCUCGUACUCGUCGUCGUAUCUAAAGGUCGCUGGCGUGAGGACGACUGGCGGCUCAGGCGACUAUUCACCUUAUUUAGAAUUAAUGCCGAGCAUUGUAUCAGGGGUUACUGGGUGCACUUUAAAUAUAGAACGUAAAUUUCGUCAUCAUCAUAUUCAUUAAGUUGGAAUAAUCUCUUUCACAAUUCCCUGCGCCAUCUUGAAAGGUAGCCGUGUCUUUGCGUCAAAGCCAGACGAACUUGCAAUGCUAGAGACCUUUUUUAACACCUUGGACAAUUAUUCACAGGUCUCAUCAUUGCAAGCUCACCGUUCGUCUUGCAACCAUGCAAAGACAUGACUACCUUUCAAGAUAGCGCAGGGAACGGUGAAGGGGACUAUUGUGAAAUAUUCCUUCAUUUGAAUGUUGCGUCUUUAGGUUCAUACAUACACUAUGAGAGUGACUUGGACGUCAUCCCAGGCUUUUGAAUGUAUUUGUUUUAACUUUACUAAACGCUAGCUAUCUUGUAAUACUAAACUCUAACCAUUAUGAGAAGCCAAAUUACAAUCGACAUUUUGGAAAGCUUGAGUAUAAUGAUAAUGCUUUUUAAUAUUGUUUGUGUGAACUAGUUAAAAUUUGUAUAAAUGAAGCCUGGGAUGAUGUCACAGUCAUUUGCAUAUUGAAAAAAUAAACUCUUUGUAACUUAAAAGACGCAAUAUCCAAAGCCCGGGCUAAAACUACCACAARAAUUUAAUAUAUCCAAACAACAUACAACAACACCGACAAAAACUAAGGCCCCGUCCACACUAUGCCGGAUAAAUUUGAAUCAGCAACUUUCACACCGAAACCGAAAAUAUGUUUUCCGUCCACACAUGAAAACGGAGAAAAUGUUUUGGACUAGUCCGAUCAGAGGCUGCAAAAACGCUUUAUUGCACAUCUGCAGAGCAUGCGCAUCGAAGCUGAAAUUGAGCCCGCGGUGAAUUGUUAGCCUUCCCGCCAAGUUCCCAUGACAAUCAUGACGUCAUCGUAUUCGAAAUGUUCUCCGUCCACACUAAUACGGCUAGCCGGCGUUUUCAAGUUGUUCCACUCUGGAGACCGUUUUCGAAAAAUUCCGUUUUCGGUGAAGAAUUGUUCCGGAUUCGCCCUGAAUAGUGUGGACGGGGCCUAAGAAAGAAUUGACUCGGAUGAUUUCUACUCGUUCUAGCGCUUUCACACGGCACUAAGUGGGGACACUUUUCACUCACACACUACCACUACAUUCAAUAUUCUAUUCAAGCAAGAGAGACCUCAGAUCAGAUAAAAAACGGGAAACAAACAUGCACUUUGUAAAUCAGCAAUUCAUCAAAAGGGCAGGUGAAUUCAUUUGUCAUUAAGUUCAGAUAAGAAAUUUAUCAUCUCUGAGCAUCAUUAUUAACCGAGACUGAUAACUGAUGCCGCGGUUCUUUUCAUAUCUUUUGUUCUUUCUUUCUGUAAAGCAUUUAAUUAAAACUUUAUUCUGUCAUUCAUACUUUUUUGAUCCGAAAACUAUGACACAACCAGGUGGUAGAUUGAUUUUAUAACUAAGCUCUCCCAUGGCCCAGAGCAAAGUAUCUUGAAGAAGUUACGUUUGAGCAACUGUUUAGGUCCUACAACUUAUUUAUACUUUUUUUUUUUUGUCCGAACACUCAGUUUGAAAUAAUCUGGUUGAUCUAUACUAAGAAGAGCUCUACGUUUGAGUAGCUGUUUUCAAAAGUAAACGUCGACAAGGUCCUAUUUAUAACUCCAGCAUGAAUGUGUCAAACACUUCCAAGAGUAGCUCAAUAACUGCAGCUGUCGAAACUUCCUUCCUCCUUGUCCAUGCUGUUAUCAUUCUAACUGGAGUGGUUGGCAAUGCACUUGUUAUUGUAGUAGUGAAGACGACACCUUCAAUGUACACUACUACAAACUUCUUACUUGUAAAUGUAGCCGUUGCUAACUUGUUUACCGUAAUAUGGCUCAUCCCAGCUGAUGGCUUUAGCUUUCUAGCACCACCUGGCGGCUCCGCAAGCGACUUUCUGUGCAGAUUUUUCACGUAUAAUAGCUUGCCUAAGCUCACUACUGCUGUAUCAGGCACCACUUUCACCCUGAUUGCAGUUGAACGUUAUCAUGCUAUCAUCAAACCUCUAAGAGCUGGACGACGACUUACGACCGAAAACGUCCGCUAUGUUAUCGCUGGGAUAUGGUUUUUUUGGUGCGCCAUUUUGGUCCCAUUUGUAAUCUUCAUUAAGUACGAUGAAAAUGAACAAAAUUGCACUGAAAAAUGGUCUUCGACUUUGUUUAAGAAUGUGUUGUUGACAGUUCUCAGCGUCACUUUUAUAACUUUGGUAGGAACUAUGGUUUUUUGUUAUUCUAAUCUUAUCAAAAAUCUCUACUUUACGAAAUCAAUAUUACCCGAAUCUGCAACGGCUGAUAGUGACAAGAAAUCAAAGCGUAAACUAAUAAAGUUUCUUGUGCUUAUAACAAUCGCGUAUCUGAUUUGCUUUGCACCGUACAUAGCUUCAUUUGUGCAGUACGCGAUAUUCACUACUUACAGUCCUUCUGCACAUAACAUAGUGGUAACCAUGCUUUAUGGUAAUUCAUCAAUCAGUCCUUUUAUUUGUGCUUUUCAAAGUUCUAAUUAUAGAGAAGGUUUUAAGAAGAUUCUAUAUGGCUGUAUUAAAUGUCUCCCAAGACAGCAAGUUGAAGAGGACCAGUCCGUUCAACGGGAUUAAAAGGAUGACUGAUGCAAUAACUAUAAUUUCAAAUGUAAUUUUCUUUUAAUUAUGCGAUGUAAAACUUAAUCAAAGCUAAAGUAUUAUAUUCUUACAGGUUUUUAUUAAAAAUAGAAGUUUCUGUCGGUCUUUAUUAUUAUAAAUAUGCUUUAUUUCCCAUUACGCUUUACUUUUUUAGCCGUUUUUAUUUUACUUUAACGAUUAUUUUUGCAUUUGUUUUUAUUGCUAUCGUUAUCGUUUUGUUGAUUAUGAGAUAUUGCUUUGUUUUCAUGCAUGGCGGCAAUGUUGUGGAAUCUUUAACAAAGCUUUCGUUAUAUCAACCAACAUGGCCUCCCAUGACCGUCAUGUAUUUUGUAAUAUCAUAUCCAUAUCAUGGUGGCCAUGUAUUUUGUAAUAUCAUCCAACAUGGUGGGCCAUGCCUUUUGUAAUAUCAUCCAACAUGGUGGGCCAUGCCUUUUGUAAUAUCAUCCAACAUGGUGGGCCAUGCCUUUUGUAAUAUCAUCCAACAUGGUGACAUAAUGUUAUUAAAACUGUUGGAUUCACUUUAAUCCUUCAAGGUAAGGAGCCGCCUGCUCUGAAAACAAGAAUAUAAUACAACGAUAAUACCUUCGACACGAGCAUGCGCCAACGAUUUUAAUAUAUUCUCUCACUUCCAUCCGCCAUCUUUCUAUCGAACAAUUUAUCCUGCGAUAUCAAAAAACAGUUCUAAGGCAUACGAAAGAAACAAAAUGGGUGUUUCAAUCGACUCGGACCAUUUGAUGUACUUUGCUAUCGGUAUCUUGUACCUAGUACUGAUCUGUAUCAUAUCAAAGGAUGCGUUUUUCCAACUCUUCGCUCCUAGCAAGAACGACGGAAAAACCCAACAGUUUUGUUGUCCUCGUCACGGUGUACAAGAAAAUCACCUGAAGCGAGCUUGAAAAUACGUUAAAUUUCUUCGUAAACAUUAUGAGUCUUUAUAGCCCAGAGUGUCCUGCUGUCAUCAUCAUCUGCUGCUAUCAAUGACUAAGAGAGAGGAAAGGGAAAAAACAGCUCUUAAUUAUUCAUGUUAGCAUAUGAACUUGGCUUUUGCUUAUACUCUUAUCCAUUGUCAGAUAUAAUACAUGUAAUAAUUGUAAAGUUAAAAAUUCCGUUUAUCAUUGUAACUCUAAAAAAAGAAAAAAUGGAAUAAAGCGUUAUUAGUUGUGAAGCGAAGAAGAAAACAAACAUGUUAAUCUUUUGUAAUACUCAGAAGAAGGACAGUAACGCUGUUAAAGUUACAAAUAAAACAAAUACGUCUUUA